CUUCCAUCCAGCCGACAUGGGUAAGUGCCGUGGAUUGCGUACCGCCAGAAAGCUGCGGGAUCACCGCCGUGAGCAGAAGUGGCAUGAUAAACAGUACAAGAAGGCCCAUUUGGGCACGGCACUGAAGGCUAACCCCUUCGGAGGAGCUUCACACGCCAAAGGAAUCGUGCUUGAGAAAGUCGGUGUUGAAGCCAAGCAGCCCAACUCUGCUAUUAGGAAGUGUGUCAGAGUCCAGCUUAUCAAGAACGGCAAGAAGAUCACUGCAUUCGUCCCCAACGACGGUUGCCUGAAUUUCAUCGAGGAAAACGAUGAGGUACUGGUGGCAGGGUUCGGUCGUAAGGGACACGCCGUCGGUGAUAUCCCUGGAGUACGUUUCAAGGUGGUGAAGGUGGCCAAUGUUUCUCUCCUGGCUCUCUACAAAGGCAAGAAGGAGAGACCUAGGUCAUAAAUACAUAAUGCCCAGAAAACAAUAAAUCAAUGUUUUUCAAGU